AUGGUAUUAGGAGCCAAUCCCCCUUUUGCAGUUUUUGAAGGUUUCAUCAAGAGAAUGUGGGGUAAGCUGGGUAUUGAGAUUAUUGCGAGAUUAAAUACAGGACAUACACUUGUUAAAUUCAGAGAUGAAGUUACUAGAGACUUGGUGUUAGAGGCUGGGGUUUUGCAUUUUGAUAGAAAACCAGUCAUUGUGAGACCGUGGACCACUGAUUUAGCUCACAUGAGGUUAGUCAAAUCUGUUCCUCUUGGGAUGAGAUUACCUGGUUUUGGUUUACAAUAUUGGGGAACUAAAUGUUUAAGUGCUUUGGUGAGCACUCUUGGGAAACCAAUUCUUGUGGACAAGGUUACAAAGGAUCGUUCUAUGAUGCAAUUUGCUAGGGUGUUAGUGGAGAUUGACAUAACAGAUGAGAUUCCUAAGUCUAUUCAAUUUUUGAAUGAAAGAGAUCAAUUAAUGGAACAAUUUGUUGAGUUUGAAUGGCUGCCAACACAGUGUAAGAAUUGCAAGGUUUAUGGCCAUACUGAGUCCUUAUGUAACAGGAAAAAGGGGGAGAUUUGGAGACCCAAAGAAAAGAAAUCUGAAGGAGAAAAUCUGGUCAAUUUUUCCGAGCUGCAUACUGUCAUAAGUACUUCAGAGCCAGCUGCUGAAUCUUUAUCCAAGGCUAAACAGAAAGAAGACUGUAUGGAAUGUUCUAACGUUCAGUUGAAAACAGAUGUUGUUGAAGUGGUAAAUGAUCAAGUGUCCCAGACAUCUCAGGUAGAUGGGGGCAAGGAAAUAGCUGAUAGAAAUUAA